UCUGAGACAAAUGUCCAUGACCCUUUUGAAGAAUACACACACAAAAAAAAGAAAUUUUUGAUGCAAAAAUUUGGCCUUAAUUAAGUGGAUAAGUUAAGUGGGAAACUGAUAUUUUACAUGUUUUUAAAUGUACAUAAGUGUUCUCGUUUUCCAUAUAUUUUCAUGUACAGUAGAUUAUUAUUUUGUGUGUGUGUGUGUUUGUGGAACAAAGAUAACAAAGCCAUACCAGCAAAGUAAAUGUUAGCAUUUAAAUUAUUUAUAUAUGUAAAAAAAAAAAAGAAAGACAAAAAAACAACAACAAAAAAAAAAACAAGUCACAUUUCUUUCUUCUGUUGUGUGCCUGUAUAUCUGUUUAAAGCUGCACUCAAUCUAUCACUGCUGCACCCAAACAAAUUUUACAUUUCCUUCUGUGAAAGUUGUCUGCAAACUAAAAUUGCUUGUUUGGUGGUCAAACUGGAAACGUGCCGAUAUACGCCGAGAACAUCGCACUAUUUUUUUUUAUUUGUAUUUUUCUUUUUGCUACAAAACUGUAUUUAAAAGCGAUUUGAGACCGUUGCUUUUCAUUUAAGUCACGAACAAAUGGUCGAUAGCACCAAACAAUUAAACCCAUGAUAUCACACGUAGAUGGUUCGCUCCUUGAAAUAAGAAGAUGCCAAACUGCUCAUGUCAGUGCGCACCGAUUCCACCGAGCACCACACAUUUGUGCACAACACCAAAAAUGGAAAGAAUUUGAUUUAACACUUCAUUUUUAUUGUAUGUAUGUGUAUUUUUUAAAAUCUAUUUUAAAGAUUGACUUUAAACCUAGUAUAUACAGUGAUGUUCAACGUAACCAAAAUCAGUUAAACACAUGGCAUAUUUGGUGUUUGAAAUUAGGAGAUACCAAGUGUUGUAAUUGUGCGCCAACUCCGAGAGAGAAAAAAAAGAAAAAUAUAAUUUUCGGUCUUGGCACACAAAAAAUAAACUGAAUCUCGGUCAAUAAUCAUUUAUGUGAUUAAAUAGCAAACAAAUAAAAACGUGUCGAUCGGCAUGAGAUUUCAAAAUCAAUUUCAGAUUCUAAUAAAUUAAAAAUAAAACAUAGUGUCUUGGCAUAGAGAUUGAAGAAGCCAGUGUUUUUAGAGCCCUAUCGGUUUUAUCAGAUGUCGAGACGUUUAUCAUCUCCUUUGCAUAUCACGUGUUUGGCCUUGGCCAAUAACCUCCCGAUCUCGGAGCACUCUGGUGUGCUGGUAUCGUUACUCAGCCCUGGGUCCCUGUCUCGGCUCAGUCGAGGGGAUUUAUGAAAAAGAGCUGCUCCUCUCCUCCCAUGUAGGACAUGCUAUGACCGCCUCGUUACUCCUCGGCUCGCCCUGGAUCGACCCGGUCAUGUUCCUUUACGACGGCGGCUCACAAGAGGAGAGAAGCAAGAACAUGGAAGGCUUUACAGGUGGGAACUUCGCAGCAAACCAGUGCAGGAAUCUGUUGGCGCAUCCAACCUCACUGGCUCCCAGCACCACUUACGCUGCAAGCGAUGUGCCAGUCUCUGGGGUGGGGGAGCCUGGCAAGCAGUGCAGCCCCUGCUCUGCCACUCAGAGCUCGCCCAACGCUUCUCUGCCUUACGGAUACUUUGGCAGCGGGUACUACCCGUGCAGGGUGUCACACGGCGGCGUCAAGCCGUGCGCGCAGCCCUCCGGUUAUGGAGAGAAAUACGCGGACUCUUCAGUCUCUGGUGAGGCGAAGGAGUUUGCCUUCUACCAGGGAUAUUCCUCCAGCCCCUACCAGACCAGCUACCUGGAUGUGCCGGUGGUACCUGCGCUGAGUGCGCCACCCGAGCCACGAGAGUCUCUGCUGCCCAUGGAGCCCUAUCAGCCCUGGGCCAUCACUAACGGGUGGAGUGGUCAGGUUUACUGCACCAAGGAGCAAUCGCAGGCAAAUUCUCUGUGGAAGUCCUCAUUACAAGACUCCUUAUCUGGUGGUAUGGACAGCUCGGUCCGUCGUGGGAGAAAGAAACGCGUGCCAUACACUAAGGUGCAACUCAAAGAAUUGGAGAGGGAGUACGCCACCAACAAAUUCAUCACCAAGGACAAAAGGAGACGGAUAUCCGCGCAGACGAACCUGACAGAGAGACAAGUGACGAUCUGGUUCCAGAACAGGCGGGUAAAGGAGAAAAAAGUUGUCAAUAAGUUCAAGAGCUCUAGCUAGCUCUGGAGACAUUCCCAAGACGUGAAAGGCGGACAUGGGUGCGCUUUCAGCAGUGGAAGAAAAAAAAAGGAAAAAGAUAGAAAACUGUGCUAUAAUUUAUUCCAUUUAUGAACUGUUACACACUGUCGCCGGAGCGGCUCUGGUUUGAACUAUAACGUUUCCUUCCUCGUUUUAAUUGGAACCAGUCCGUGGGGCCUGUUGGCAGAAGGUCGGAAGAGAUCUAGAGUUUGAAGCGAUUUUGCGGGACGUUUCAGUAGUCACCAUCCUGACGAGCAUUCUGACAAAUAUUCUGCUUUGAGAUGGGUGAACCACCAGCAAAUUGUGCGCAUUUUCCUUUUAAAAAGAAAAUGUAAGGCUGAAGCGCACGAAUGAAAAAAAAAACAAAAAAACAACUUUUGGUUUCAGACUGUGGUAAAGAGUAACAAAAGCAGGUUAUUAUCAUGAAAUUAUUAAAGCACAUUUGUAGUAUUUGCAUCCGAAUAUUUAGCUCCAUCCCCAAUUUGAAAGAUGAAUUUACCUAUAAAAUCAGCUUUCAUCACAUCUUUCAUUCUCAGCGGGUUACCUAUGAAACUUUACCAAGCGUUUCAUUAGGAUUUCCAAUGUUUCGAUCAAAGGCACCUUCAGAACCUUUUCAGAGGGGUGGCCAGAUGGUCUCCGCUGAUAAUCUUGGCGUGGGACACUGAAACCAAAAGCUUCAACAGAAUUUUCUUUUUAUUGUGCAAUCGUUAGAAAUAGGGGAGUGGGGAGGAGGGGAAGGGGUAAUAAUCAAAGAUGGCACACCAUAAAACACCAAAACGGACAUAAACAAUAAAUUAUUUAUAAAAAAAUAAACAAAUAAAAAUACGUUUUGCUUUUUCUCUCGUGCAGAAUUUAUUUUAAAAAAAUGGGGGCUUGAGGGGGUCUACAAACAUGUAAAGAAGGCCUCUGGCACCUUUGCCCCCACCCCUUGGUGGCGCCACUGAUUUUCAGAAUUUGUCAGUUUGUCUGAAAAAGGCAUGUACUUGCCUUUUUAUCCUAUUGCUCUUGUAUUUACAUUUUGUCCUCCUGCUUACUUUUCAAGAAGAAGAAGGAAAAAAAAACUCUCCAUGAAUGGAUGAACUACACCAAAUGUAAAUAUUUUAUGCGCAGCCGAGUCAGUUUCCUGUUUCUUAUUCAUAAACCAACGGGGUUUUUUUUGUUGACAAUAUAUGUUUGACAGACACUGUCGCAGGAGUUUCAUUUAUCUUUCUGUUUCAUGAGAAAAUUCGAAUAAAGUGAUUGACUGCGGUUUCAAAUGAAAAUAUGAUUUAUAUUGUCUGGUAUGACGAUGGAAGUGUUAACAGGCCAACAGUUUGAUUCAGGUCCCAGUAUUUAUCACAGAGACGCUAUGUCGCCAUCUAGCGGCGAAUCUUUGUCAGCGCAGUUUUUCUGCCUUUGGGCUGCGGUUCUAGAAUCUGUAGCUGUUUUUGUUGGGCGCUCCUCAAUUUGCCACUUCGUACUCGACUUAAGGUCUUUCCUAUAAUGGGGAGGUUUCGUAAGUUGGUUUACUGCAUUGAAAUGUAGU